AUGCAAACAGAGGCAGCCAGGGGACACGGAGGAGGCCGGGAAGACGGGGAUGAGUGCCCGGGUGCAGAGGUCAGGAGGUCAUCGGAGCUUGGCGCAGAUCUGAACGGCGAGGCCAACGUGGGACUUGGAUGCGCCGGUGGAAGAGAUGAACGGCGCGGUGGAGCUCGCGCAUCGGGCAGCGUCACUGGACGAGGAGGAGGUUGCGGCCUCACGAUUUUCGGCAGCGGGGCAUGGGUCACCGGCGAGCAGCAGGGUCCCCGGGCGCUGCGCGCAGGACAAUGGCGAGGAUGCGAGGGAGAGGGGUCACAUAAGGUGGCGGUGCUCAUUGGUGCUGGUCGUUGGAGCAAGUGGCGGCGAGGUGCGGCGCUGGGGCGCUCAAGAUCGAGUGAGGAGGGCUGCAGGGAUGGAGCUGUGCGGGCGUGGGGCUUGACCGCGAGGAUGGGUCGAGAGAAUUGCGAGAGGGAUCGUGCAAGCGGCGGCGUGCAGAGGGAACGAGGGGAAGGGAGCGAGGGCAAAAACAAAUCACACAAUGAAUCUCGGAAAGCAUGGAAGGCAUUCGGAGCACCGGUCUUGGGGCGUCACAGAUACCUCGGCCGCCGGACACAUGGAGGAGAAAAUCCCCCUGGAGACUGGCGAUGGGGGCCAUGUCCAAUUUGGCCCCUAGCUGAAUACUAUUUCAGAGGCCCAUACGGCUCCGGAGUCAGGCAAGCAGCCUCCUUCGAAAGAAGGAGGUGCACCUAUUCUGACCUCUGUCCAUCUGCUACGUCUUGA